GAAAACCACAUCGAAAACGACAGCUUUAAUUCUCUCAGUAUUUCUCCGAAUUUGUCAGUCGUCAACCGAUCGGCACUAUGUCGUCGUAUCGUAUAAAUUUACUUAAAUUGAUUGACCUGGCCAUAGGAUGUCCCCAUCCCGGAUCGGUUAACUUCAAUCUGCUGCACAGAAUCCUCUACAUCCUGGCCCUACGUGACACGGCUACUGGUGGUCUCGGUUUGCCCACGACGGAAACCGAUGAAAUUGAACUGUCCCACUCGCACACCCUCGUGAAUCAGAAACUGCUCGACGAAGCUCUGAAGGAUGGCAGCAAAACACGUCUCACCGUCCAACGCGUAAUGAAUCGGCCCGAAAAUGACAACGACAACGACCAUGCUUGCAAUGCGCCGGGGGUGGCGACGACCCGCAUUCGCAUAGCCGGAUCAAGAAUCGUGGUUCCCUACGGCGGAAACAGCCACCAUUCGAUAGACCAACCGGAGCGCAUCGAGUCGCAAAUGAGCAACAUGUCGACGAUGUUCUCGGAUAAGGUCUCGGAGCUGGAAGAACGGGUCCAGCAGAUUUCCCUCAAGCCUAGCAAUGCUUGCGAGAAAGGCUUGAACGAGCUGCGGAGGCGUAUCGAAGGAUUGGAAAAAUUCAUCGAAGAGCCCGUGCUGAAGAAGCAAACCAUGGACGACGAGCCACCCCCAGCCGGAGCGAGCGAACUAAAACUGGAAAUGGAAAAACUGUGGGAUUCCGUUCGAAUGCUCACGGAGAAAAUUGAUUCACUUCCGCGAAAAGAUGGCAACCACAUUAGCAACAGUCCUGGGCAGACAGGCGUACUUCCAGGUGAUGAAGCCACGCACCAUGCUUCCGACGAACGAGUCAAGACUGAUAACGCGUCUAGCUCUUACGACAAACAGGAAGCAGACGCUGUAGUACCGCCAACGGACUCCCAUAUGGCAGCAAAGAUUAAUUCCAUCGAAUCCAAUCUGCACGAGCUGGAACUCAAACAUCAGUCACUGGUAGAAGAAAUUAAUUCCCCGAACAGAACGUUUGAUUUGACGGCAGAUGCAAAUGUAGUAACUCAGGAGUUGCCCCAAUUAGCUGCCCGGAUGGCUCUGAUUGAGCAAACAUUUGGCACUAGAUUUGACCAAAUAGAGCACUCAAUUAAACGACUGUUUCAAGAGAAAGCCGAUGAUGUGGCCAUUGAGUCCCGUAUUCGCCAGUCGAUGCGUUUCAGUUCGGAUGCCAUCAAUAGGGCCAGUUUUAUUCCAUUGGAUGAGCUUCCUCAUCGUCGACGUGAUGAUCGCAAUGAUAGUUUGGCUGCCGUGAAGAACCAACUCAAAUCUACUCAGGAGGAAGUAUUGAUGCUACGCGAAACCAUCCAAUCGAUGACCAAUCAGGACAACUUGCUAGCUACAAUCAACACAAACGCCGAAAAAAUAAAACAGCUUCAUGUUCAGUUUGAAACCUUAAAAAUAGCGCACCCGGUGGAACCGGAAAAGGCUGCAGGAACAAAGCUGAAACCGAUAACAGAUUUACGGUGCAUAUCUUGUAACCGAGCAGUGGCGAUGGACCGGUGUGAUGAAUUAAUCCCCAAACCACCGCUGUUGAGUGUGAGCCGUGUGGUCAAGCCCAAUCUACGGAGGCAACUGCAGGAGGUGCACAGAAGCAAGGACCAGCAUGGGACAGCAGGUGUAAAUGUGCAAUCGAUGGCGCAUUUUGAGAAAAUUUAUCACUCAAUUGCGGAGGCAAAAGCCAAACAUGGAAAAUAAUAUUUAACCUAUUUACCCUUCAGUAGCAUACAAUUUAAACGAACUGUGACCUAUCAAAUGUUUAUGCUUCGCAAAGGUCAAAAAUUUACGCCGUUCGCAUUCAAUUACAUAAAUAAAAUUUCCC